AUGUACGACAGUCACGAAGAUGUUGAUUAUGAUUCUGAAAAGAACUCUAAAGAGAGGGAGCAGAAGCUGAAGUCAAAUCCAGAUAUUGAUAGAGGAUGGGCUUGGAUGAUAGUCUUUUCUUCUUUCCUGGUGCAUAUACUCAUCAUGGGAUCACAAAUGGCUCUUGGAAUUCUCAACAUGGAAUGGCUUGAAGAGUUCAGUCAAAGUCGAGGGCUGACAGCCUGGGUCAGCUCCCUCAAUAUGGGUAUUACUCUGAUUGUAGGUCCCUUUAUCGGUUUGUUUAUUAACACCUGUGGAUGUCGGAAGACAGCAAUAACUGGAGGAAUCUUAAAUGCCCUGGGAUGGAUAUUAAGUUCCUAUGCUUCAAAUGUACAUUACCUCUUCAUUACAUUUGGAAUUAUAACUGGUAUUGGAAGUGGGAUGGUAUACCUGCCUGCUGUAGUCAUGGUGGGAGAAUAUUUUCAAAAGAGAAGGGCUCUUGCCCAGGGACUCAGCACAACUGGAACAGGCUUUGGUGCUUUCCUGAUGACAGCUUUGUUGAAAUAUCUUUGUUUGGAGUUUGGCUGGAGGAAUGCCGUGUUCAUUCAUGGUGCAGUCUGUCUAAACUUGUGUGUUUGUGGAGCACUUCUGAGACCAAUUCAUCACAAGAAGGAAGCUACUGAGCAAAGCAAGGAUGGAAACAAGAAUCAAAGCAAUAGUCCAACAAAAAUUCUCUCCUGCUCUGCCGAAGUGCUAACAUCCAAUUGUGUUUUAAGGGAAGUGAAGAAAGAGGCAAAGGGAGGACAGGGUGCAAAAGAAAAGACUGCCAAAAUUUCAGCCUUGGAAAAUAAAGAUGGAAUCAGAGACCAAAAGGAAAUCUAUACUCUUGGUAUUCUGAAGCGAGUAGGCCAGCUGACGGUCACAAGCCAGAAAGGCUUCAGGACCUGGUAUUCUAGUUACUUUGGAACUGCUUCUCUCUUCACCAACAGAACAUUUGCAGCUUUUGUAUUUUGGGCUUUAUUUGCCUAUAGCACUUUUGUGAUCCCUUUCAUCCAUCUCCCUGAAAUAGUGAAACAGUACAGGUUAUCAGCACAGAAUGAUAUCUUUCCUUUGACCUCAAUUAUUGCAAUUGUUCACAUUUUGGGGAAGGUCAUCCUUGGCAUAAUCUCUGAUUUGCCUUGCAUCAGUGCUUGGAAUGUCUUCAUGGCAGCUAAUUUUACUCUUGUCUGUUGCAUUUUUAUUUUGCCAUUAAUGCAUACAUUUGCUAGCCUAGCGGUGGUUUGUGCCCUAAUAGGAUUUUCUAGUGGAUAUUUUUCACUUAUGCCUGUUGUCACUGAAGAUCUAGUAGGGAUUAAGCAUCUUGCAAAUGCCUACGGAAUCAUCAUUUGCGCCAAUGGGAUAUCAGCACUCUUGGGACCACCAUUUGCAGGAUGGAUUUAUGAUCUCACACAAAAAUAUGACUUUUCUUUCUACAUAUGUGGCUUCCUUUAUAUGGUGGGAAUACUUACUUUGCUCAUUCAGCCUUAUAUGGACAAGGAAAAGCCAUCAUCAGGAAAAAAUAUAGAAAAUGAAAAUAUUUAGAACCAUUCAUGUUUUUAUGGAAGAAAACUUGCAUUUCUGAAGGAAGUAUCAAAUUAUAUAUCUGAUGGA